AUGGAGGCAAGAAAUCUCGAGAAACGAUUGUGGCUUAAGGGCUCGGGUUUACUAUCUACAAUACACGAAAUUGCUAGGCUAACUACAAAGGUGGCGAAAGACGAUCCGAGAAGAUUAAUCCACUCACUAAAAUUCGGCCUCACAAUCUCACUAGUCUCGUUUUUCUACUACCUCAAUCCUCUAUACGUCACUUUUCGCACAUCCACAAUGUGGGCCGUGUUGACCGUUGUUGUCGUUUUCGAAUUCUCUGUCGGUGCAACAAUUGGAAAAGGGCUUAAUAGAGGAUUAGCAACCUUAGUAGGUGGUGCACUUGGUCUUGGAGCUAAUCACUUCGCAAGUUUAUUUGGCAAAAACUACGAGCCCGAGCCCGUAUUCAUCACACUUUUCGUCUUCUUACAAGCUGUGGUAUCGACGUACAUAAGAUUCUAUCCAAAAGUGAAGGCUAGAUACGAUUACGGGAUGCUAAUGUUCAUAUUGACAUUUUGUCUGAUUUCUAUAUCCGGUCUUCGAACCGAUGAAAUAUUCGAUCUUGCUAAGGAAAGGCUAUCGACUAUACUCAUCGGUGCAUCAACUUGUGUGAUUGUUUCGAUCUUCGUUUCUCCUGUAUGGGCGGGCGAAGAUCUUCACAACCUCGUUGCUCAAAAUAUUGAAAAACUCGGAAGUUUCUUGGAAGGUGCACACAUAUAUAUAUAAACACACUUAUUACAUGAUCUAGAACAACAUUAAUAAUCACUUAAUUAUAUUGUCAUAAUCGAUUUUUUUUUUUGUAGGAGUUAUGGACGAGUCUUUGAGAAAAUCGGAGAACGAAAAGUUGGCACGGGCAAGCUUGAAUAGUGUUGUUGUUGAUUCAAAGAGUUGUGAAGAAGCCUUGGUGGGUGAAAAUAAAACAAUUAAUACAUAUAUUAAUAAUUAACAUGAGGAAAUUAAAUUAAAUCACAAGUUAAUUUAAUUAUUUUGACUAUUGGCAGGCAAAUUUUGCUAGAUGGGAACCAGGGCAUGGGAGAUUCAUGUAUCGGCAUCCAUGGAAACAAUAUUUAAAGAUUGGAAAUUUGACUAGGCUGUGUGCCUGUCGAGUUGAAGCCCUCAACGGCUACUUAAUUACCUCUAUAAUUAAUCAAGUAAUUAAUUAAUAUUAAUUAUGAUUAGUGUAAAUACAUUAUUAAUGAUCAGGGAUAAAUAAAAUGGUAAAUUACAAUCACCCCCCUGAGGUAAGGUUUAUUUAUG